AUGGCCAAUGUAAAUAAUGUGACUGAACUCAUCAUCACUGGCCUUUUCCAGGAUCCAGAGGUGCAGAAGGUGUGCUUUGUCCUGUUCCUCCCUGUGUACCUGGCCACAGUGCUCGGCAAUGGCCUCAUUGUUGUGACAGUCAACAUCAGUAAGACUCUGCAUUCUCCCAUGUAUAUCUUCCUCAGCUCUUUGUCCCUGGUGGAGAUUGGCUACUCCUCUACUGUUGUCCCUAAGUUCAUCAGUGAUUUACUUGCUAAAAUUAAAACCAUCUCCCUGAAGGGCUGUCUGGCUCAGAUAUUCUUCUUCCAUUUCUUUGGUGUUGCUGAGAUUCUUUUGCUUGUAGUGAUGGCCUAUGACCGCUAUGUGGCCAUCUGCAAACCUCUUCAUUACAUGAACAUCAUGAGUCACCAAGUGUGUCACAUGCUGGUGGCUGGUUCCUGGCUGGGGGGCCUCGUUCACUCCACAAUCCAGAUCCUCAUCACCAUCCCAUUGCCCUUCUGUGGUCCCCAUGUGAUUGAUCAUUACUUCUGUGACCUCCAGCCAUUAUUUAAGCUUGCCUGCUCUGACACCUUUAUGGAGGGUGUUAUUGUGAUGGCCAACAGUGGUUUAAUCUCUAUAAUCUCUCUCCUGAUCUUGGUGUCCUCCUAUGUCACCAUCCUUGUCAACUUGAGGAACCAUUCUGCAGAGGGGAGGCGCAAGGCCCUCUCCACCUGUGCCUCUCACAUUACAGUGGUCAUCUUGUUCUUUGGACCUGCUAUCUUCCUUUAUCUGAGACCCUCCUCUACAUUUACUGAAGACAAACUUGUGGCUGUGUUCUACACGGUCAUCACUCCCAUGCUGAAUCCCAUCAUCUACACACUUAGAAAUGCAGAGGUGAAAAACGCCAUGAAGAAGUUGUGGGGCAAAAAGAACUCAGAGACAGAGUGA